UGCUGGUGGGGGGCAUGACGGCGACGGAACCGAACGGCGACUUCCGCAGCGUCGACGAAGUGCUCUUGCUCAAAAGACCCGGCGAGGACUCGACCUGGAUGACGUUGGACAACCUGCCCACCAGGAGACACGCCAUGCUCACCGUCGUCGUCGACAAGACCAUCUACGCGUUCGGUGGAAUCACGGACCAGGGAGGCGAGGGAACGGUCCACCAGGACAUCCUGGUCUUGAGACUGGGCCAGGACGACAAGGCGGACAGGGCCCCGUCUGGCUGGCAGCAUUGGGGCACCCUGCCGGGAUCCCUGGUCGGCAUGGAGGCCGUUCUCUUCAGCGCCGGAGACGUCAACACGGGCCGGAGAUACAAGUGACUCCUGGAGCACGCGAA